UCUCCCUCGAUACUCUUAACGAUACUCUCUCGUCUCUCCUAAUUGUCUUUCUCUGCUCUCCGCUCUCGCGAACUGCAAAGAGAGAAUUCGAAGAAGAAACGAAGCAAGAAAGGAGAGAUGUUAUCUCUUACUCUAACCUCUGCACAGCCUUUCUCCGUUUGCAGGCUACAACAGAGUAAACAACGGUUCGCUUUCCUCGACGACUCUCGAUAUCCAAGAUAUCAUUUUCAUCCGUUGAGAGUGUCGCCCAACCUUCGUCAAAUGAACAAGAAACGGCGAGGAUUUGGCGCUGUUUGCUACUCUGCUCCUCUUACUCCUCAAAAUCUUCAAUGGGUCUCAGCGGUUGCUUCCGCGGUUCUAGUGAUUUCCAAGGGCACUGCAGUUCAUAAAUCAUUUCUUGUUCCUUUGUUUGCUCUACAAGCACCUAGAAGCGUGGUCUCAUGGAUCAAGGGUGAGUAUGGAACUUGGGCUGCUUUCUUGGCACUCCUUGUUCGCCUUUUCUUCUUUAUUCCUGGUGAAUUGGAGCUACCCUUGAUGGCAUUGCUACUUGUGAUUGUAGCUCCUUAUCAAUUCAUGGACCUACGAGGGACACAAGUAGGUGCAAUUGUUUCCCUGGUGAUUGCUGCUUACUUGGCUUUCCAACAUUUCUCCCGGUUGGGAAGCUUGCAAAGAGCAUUUGACCAAGGAUCUAUUAUUGCCACCUUAGCUGUGAUCUGCAUCACUGCUGUGCCCUGCUUCCUUCUAAUCUGAUAUUUUUCUGAAGUGGCCAAAAUGGUGCAUAGAAUACCAGGUACAUAAACAAAGGUGCUUUUAAGAGGAAGGGAAUGGUCACUUUCUGUAUCAUGCUUAAGAAUUAAGAUAUAUGUAUGGUUUGUUAAUAAGGAAGCACCGCAGCAGAUAUAUGUAGAAUAUACUAUCUGUACACUACAAGAAUGUUCUUAAGUUGGUAAAUGUUGGUAAAACAACUUUCUUUCAUCUCUGAUAUUAUAUCAUUAUAAUUGUGGCCAUGCUUUAAUUCCUAUGCAAGGAUUUUGUUUUCUGCCUUGAAGGCAAGGUUUCCACUUGGUAUUGGCUAACAUUUCAUCAUUGGAAAAUCGCCAAGUAAAUGCUCCUACUGUUUGAUUUUGUCUA